GCGAUGCGCUAUAAUAGGAGAAUCACGCAGUUUGUGCGAUAGAAUAUCCACAUCAGUGUCGUACAACGCUAGCAAGGAAAAAGCAUAUUACACAUACAUAACCAUUACGAUAUGAGUACCUCAGAAGGUAUAGUGGAUGAACGUGAAUCAUCUGAAACGGAACCUUGCCAUGAAACUAAAGCAACAUACCAAAAAUGCUUUAACGCAUGGAUAAGAAAUGACUUUCUUAAGGGAAAUAUGGAAGAUAAAUGUAGACCGCAAUUGUUAGAAUAUAGAGCAUGUAUAAAGCAAUAUUUCACCAACAGGAAGGAAGUAGAAGUGCUUAAGUGUAUUGAGCAAUAUGAGAAACAAUGAUCGAAACUUCUAAAGAAAUAGAUGCUAUUAGACAGCAAUAUGAGCCAUUGUUGA